AUGAAUAAAUGGUUGUCGUCAUGUCUGGAGGACAUGUCAUGGGAGGAGUCAGCAGGAGACAGGACCUGAUAGGAUAUAAGUAACCUCGCAGCAUCAGUCAAGAAGUCAAGUCAAGAAGACCUGCACGCAACUCCGCUGAUCUACACAACUUCACCAGGAGGAGAGUUGACUCUCAACACUUAAAGAAGUUUCCAGGUUGGAGAAAUGGCCUCAGAGAUCAUGAAGGUUGCUGCCCUGGGUCGACCUUUCACCCUGGGAAUGCUGUACGAUGCUCGGAAAGAUGAACUGAUCCCAGGUUGGACACUGUGGGAUGACAAAACUCUCCAAGAGAACACAAGUGAAAGCUCUCAGCACAGCAGUGCAUUUCAAAUUUCUGCAUCUGACUCCAUUGAAUCCAAGUCUUUUCUGCUGGAUGUGGAAACUUCUCUGAAGGCCAGCUUCCUGGGUGGACUGAUUGAAGUUGGAGGAUCUGCCAAGUAUCUGAAUGAUACGAAGAAAUUCAAGAAUCAGAGCAGAGUGACAUGUCAGUACAAAGCUACAACCAACUCUAAACAGCUGUCAAUGGCUCACCUUCUACCCAUUAACACACAACAGGCAGAUCUUAUUGAGAAAGGUUUUGCAACACAUGUAGUCACAUCCAUCCUUUAUGGGGCAGAUGCUUUCUUUGUGUUUGACAGUGAGAAGUUAGAAGCCAGCAGCGUUCAGAACAUCGAGGUCCACAUGAAAGCUGUGGUAAACUUGAUCCCCGAUUUUAGUAUUGACAGACAAUUUGAUACCAAGCUGACUGUGGAAGAAAAGGCCCUGAUUAAGAAGUUCUCCUGUAAAUUCUAUGGAGACUUCAUUCUUGAAAGCAACCCUGCAACAUUUGUAGACGCAGUGAAGACCUAUGUCGAACUUCCAAAGCUUCUGGGAGAAAAUGGAGAGAACAGUGUUCCAGUGAGCGUCUGUCUGACGCCACUGAAGAGUUUAGAUUCAGGAGCUGCUGAGCUGAUGAGUGGGAUCAGCGUUGGACUAGUGAGGAAGGCACAAGAUGCUCUAGAAGAUUUAAAGGAAAUAGAAAUGAGAUGCAAUGAUUCUCUGGAUGACGGAGUAGCAGAGCAUUUUCCACAGAUUAACAAAGAUCUAAGCAGUUUCAAAAAAUCCUGUCAUUAUUACACAUCUCACCUCCAGCAGAUCAUGGGGGAGAAAUUUCCCCUCAUCCGUGAAGGUAAAGAAGAUGAGAGCUCAAUCAAACAAGUCUUUGAAGACAGACACGGGUCACCAUUCAGUCAUGACAAACUCAGCGAGUGGCUGGAUCAUAAAGAGAGAGAAAUCAACGUCAUCAGGUCCUGUGUAGGAAUGAUGGAGGGAGCAAAGAUCGUCCAGAGUCAGUCAGAGUUGGACAGAGAGGUUCUUGCUGCAGGUGUAGAACAUGCUGUGUGCUUCGUUUUCACCUCCCUGAAGAGUGCUGACCCCUGCCUUGAUGCGAUGAACAACUACUUGGAUACUCUUGAGUUAAAAAGUACCACUGAAGUCCCAUGGUACUACUCAGAUGAAGUUUUAACCAAAAUGAGAGAAAAAGCAGAAGAGGUCCACAAUCUUGCCAAAGCACUGAAGAACAACCCCCAAUUCUGUUUCCUCAUAGCCUCGAUUGCAAAUGAGAAGUACACAGGAGCAACUAUCUACAAAUACAAGGACGGCAUCCUGGUCACUGAUGAUUUCACAAAGCCUGAGAUCCCUGAUGUGGAGAAGAUCACAGACAGGACAGAUCUGAUGUGGUAUGCCUGUGACCUCACCCUGGACCCAGACACUGCAAACGGGUACCUCACUCUGUCUGAGGGAAACAAAAAGGCAACAUGUGGAUCAUGGCAGAACUAUACUGAUUAUACAGAGAGGUUUGAUAAACAAUAUCAGGUGUUGUGCAGUGGGAGGUUAACUGGACGGCAUUACUGGGAGGUAGACUGGAGUAAUGGUUACAAUGAUGAGGUUGGUGUAGCUGUUACAUACCAAAGAAUUGCCAGAAAAGGGUCGGAGGCGGUGAGCAAGUUUGGAGAAAAUGACGUAUCCUGGUACUUUGGCAAGUAUUAUGAUCUUUCUGCAAAGCAUAACGGUGAACAGUGUUGCGACCCUAUUCCCUAUGCUGGCUGCAGCAGACUUGGGGUGUAUCUGGACUGGCCUGCUGGCACGCUGUCCUUCUACAGAGUCUCUGCUAACACACUGAGUCACCUCUACACAUUUCGCACCACAUUCACUGAGCCUGUUUAUCCAGGCUUCUGGAUUGGAACAUCAUACAGUUACGUGUACCUGCAUCUAGCUAAGUGAGCCCAAUGACAAAGACUUCUUAGAGUAUUUGUCUGUUGACCUUGAAAGUUUAAAGAGCAAAACCCCAUUUUAGCUCAAACACAGAGGGACCAGGAUCAUUUGUUUAACUUGAAAUGCUUUAUUUUGAAAAUUUAAGGGAAAAAAGGAAAGAAAAAUACAAUCAAGAAACUAGUGACUAUACAGUAUGUAUUAGUUGAUAUUGUUUUUAUGCAAAGCCUUCUUGUCAAACUAUUUUGUGUUUCACAACUUCAUAAUCGUUUUAAACUUUAAUUUUGUUAGAUGAAAUCUAUCUUUUUAAAUAUCUGACGAGUGAAAAUUAAAAAUACAGAUCUUAUGCUGAUGUACAAUUGCUAUUUCAACACGAGGUGGUUGAAACAAAACUCUGAUUGUGUUUGUACAUUCAGUAUCUAAUGCGGAUGUUGUUUAAAUGAGCGUUUGUUCCUUUUCUGCUUUGUGCAAUAUUUGAAAAAGAGGAAUCUUUUUUCUUUCUGGGAUCUUAAACAUGACGUAGAGUUCAUUUAAUGAGUAAGUAAGUAAUUCAUUAUUGGAGGAGGAGAGAAUCACUGCUAAACUGCUGAUAAAGCUGAAUCAAUGUCAGAAACACCUGCUGGACGUGUUUAUGCUGAGCAAAAUAUUCAAUAAAGUGCAGACCUGAGAUUAC